AUGGAUGAUCAACGCGGGCUCUUGGAUCAGAAAAAUGUCGAAUUGCCAGAUUUUCUGAAAAUACAAGAAGCACCGAAAAUCCGGAAAAACCCUCUUUUAGUUGGCGUCCCCUCCCCCCGGCCAGCACAUCACCCAUUGAAAAAGACCAACUCUUCCCCACCGAGUUAUGCUGCUUGGGUCAGCAAGCAACAAGGUAAUAGACCAGCGGUUAUUUCUGAAGAGUCCCGCGAGACGCUCUCGAGGUUUAAACGAAAUUGGUCUGGCACUGCGCACGGCCGCGGUAAGGUUCACGUUGAAACGGUCACUGAAACACAAACCAUAGACCGGAGAAGAUUUUUUAAACAUUCUCAAAAUGAAACCGCUGGUCGGUUACGAGCAGGAUCGCUGCCGUAUACUCAUCCUGAUGACCGCUGCGGUGAUACCGCAGGCGGCAAUGAGUUGAGAACGCGGACUCGCUAUCACUACGAAAGCGAAACUUCGUUAAAUAAUAACAAUACUGAAGUCGUGUGGGUCUCAAACACUCUGAACAAGAAUCGUGUUCGUGCCUCAACUAAAACGGAUCCUUCGAGAGACGCUGGUUACGAAAGUACGACAGAUGACGAAGGUGUUUCUCGGAAUUUUCCGAAAGCCGAAGUGAUUAUUCCUCAAGGAAAUACGAAUACUGAUCGGCUUGCUAUUUCGGGAAGUGUCGUACCUGUCCGUGACAUGUCGACCCCGGGAAGCCCAUAUUUUCGCGAAAAUAUGGCGACUGCUAAACGGCAUGUGCGCACACUCGCUGAGCAGUCGACAACUCGCGACGUGACUUCGGGUAACGAUCGUGAAGCGAUUCUUGAUAAUUCAUUUUUAAAGGACCAACUCAAGCCUUCGCGAUUAUUUUCUCAAGUUUCGCCAAAGCUGCAUUCUUCUCUUGUCGCUUCCUCGCCAAAUGAAACGAAUGGCACCCCCAUGAAAUGUCCGCUGUUCGUUCCCCCCGGAAAUUCCUAUUCAGUGGGAGAAACUGAAACAGGAAAUUCGUUUAGAACACAUGAAAAUCACGUGGAAUCCACUAGUAUGGAACGCCGAGUUUGUUGGGAAGCGAAUGAACAAACGAACGAAGAAGGAAAUGUGCGAGUCACGUUUGUGUGA